CAGGGUCUGUUGGAAGGCGGAAGCGUCGCUGCCGGUAGCUGCUCCGCGUCGUCGAACCGGGCCGCUUCCCGCGACUACUGCCGCCGCCCUCGUCCUCCGCCAUGCUGCUGUCGUGCUUCCCGGAGCUGUACUUCAACGUGGACAGCGGCUACUUGGAGGGCCUGGUGCGCGGCUUCAAGGCCGGGGUCCUCAGCCAGGCGGACUACGUCAACCUGGUGCAGUGCGAGAGCCUCGAAGAUCUGAAGCUUCAUCUUCAGAGCACAGACUACGGGAACUUCCUUGCGAAUGAAGCUUCUCCUCUCACGGUAUCUGUCAUUGAUGACAAGCUAAAGGAAAAGAUGGUGGUAGAGUUUCGCCACAUGAGGAAUCAUGCUUACGAGCCUUUGGCCAGCUUCCUGGACUUCAUCACGUACAGCUACAUGAUCGAUAAUGUCAUCCUCCUGAUUACUGGGACGCUGCACCAGCGCUCCAUUGCUGAAUUGGUGCCCAAAUGCCACCCCCUGGGAAGCUUUGAGCAGAUGGAAGCCGUGAACAUUGCCCAGACCCCAGCUGAGCUUUACAAUGCCAUCUUGGUGGACACGCCCCUUGCUGCCUUUUUUCAAGACUGCAUAUCUGAGCAGGACCUGGAUGAAAUGAACAUUGAAAUUAUUCGAAACACACUGUACAAGGCUUACCUUGAGUCCUUCUACAAGUUCUGCAAGAUCCUGGGUGGCACAACCGCUGACGCCAUGUGCCCCAUUUUGGAGUUUGAAGCUGACAGACGAGCCUUCAUUAUCACCAUCAACUCCUUUGGCACGGAGCUCUCCAAGGAGGAUCGUGCAAAGCUCUUCCCCCACUGUGGGAAGCUCUAUCCAGAGGGCCUGGCUCAGCUAGCAAGAGCAGAUGAUUAUGAGCAAGUCAAAGCUGUGGCCGACUAUUACCCUGAAUACAAACUGCUGUUUGAAGGAGCAGGUAGCAACCCUGGCGACAAAACCCUUGAGGACAGAUUCUUUGAGCAUGAGGUGAAGUUGAACAAGCUGGCUUUCCUGAACCAGUUCCAUUUUGGAGUCUUCUAUGCUUUCGUGAAGCUGAAGGAGCAAGAGUGCCGCAACAUUGUGUGGAUUGCGGAGUGCAUUGCCCAGCGCCACCGAGCGAAGAUUGACAACUACAUCCCCAUUUUCUGAGUCCUUCCCUCCUGCCUGGUGAAGCCCACAGAUUCCUCGCAUCCUGUCUUCUCCUGAGUUCUAGACCCAGAGGUAGUGUUUUAGGGAUCUGAGGGAUGAUGUAAGGACACAUGAGGCCCACCGUGCUCUUGUGAGAGGGUCCCCUCCUGUCCCCCUCAUAGUUGUAACAUGUCACUGUAUGUGCUUUGUGUAGAUCAGGCUAAAUAGUUCCGUAUUUCCAAAGGUGUACUUGGCAACAGAGGAGUGGUGCCUGUUCUGUGCUGCUUGGAUUGUAGGGGUUCCUAAAUGACAGCAGUCUGACAAUUUGUCAUCGGUGGACAUGGUGAUGGGAGGAUGAGUUUGACUUCUGGCAGCUGUGAGCACCUGCUUGUCUUUGCACAAUGUUUUACUAGGGGACUAGUUGUGCUACAAACGUAAACCACUUUAAUUCUCCUGCCUUUUUCCCCCAGAGAGUCCUGGGAAUUCUAGCUCUGCAAAGGAUAUUGCUGGGGGUGGGGGCAGGGCAGGGGGAGGCAGAGUCUUCUACACAGAAGCCUUGUAUAACCCAGUUACCAAGGGCUCCCUAUUGGAAACUGUGGCUGAAAGGCACAUUUGUAGCGUUGGCAUGCCCUAGCUGUGUCGUAUUGCUUCCACUUGUUGACAGCUGCUUGCCCUUCUCCCUGUGGUAGUGCCUCUGGAACAUUCUGGCCACUAAAUGGAGGAGAGUAGGCAGGGCCAGGGGCAUUCUGUGCACCUCUGGCAGUUGCAGGCACCUGCCUUGUCAGCCACUUGUCUUUAGGCCCUCCUUAGAAGAUUCAGCACCUUAGUUAACGUGGCUCCUUUCCAAGGGGUCUCUGCCAGCGCCUUCUUUAAAGAAGGGGCAGUUCUUCCCCUUCCCUAUGACUUGACUCCUCUUCCCAUGCCAGGCCCAGAAGGUGGAAAUCAACUCGCUGUUUCAGACCAUCCCUUGCGUACAUGUGAAAUAGGAUGUGGCUGUUUCCUGUAUUCUCAUUGGGAGGCUCAUGGGCCUUGCCCUCCCCCUCUGUCUUUGCUUCAGGCAAUUCUCAGAGUUGAUUUGCACCUUCUUGGCCUGCCUGGAAGCUGAGAGUUCUCAGAUCAAGCUCCCUCCAUGCCUGAAGGUAGUGCAAGACUGGCACUUCCUGCCUCUAUUCUCCCACUGGAAAUGAUUGAGAGAGAGAGAGAGAGAGAGUCCUUUGAAUAGGUUGAAUUAGCUGAAAGCCCUCCAGGCCCUGUGGUGCUCUUGCCUUUCUCAGGCCCUCUUCGGGACACAGUGCUGUGAAUUACGCCAGCUUCUGCCUCUCUUCCCCCCACCCAUCCCUGCUUUUUCAUAGCAGGCCAUGCCUCCACCCAGGUGUCAGGCCUUCUUCACCCAAUCCCAGUCCUCGCAUGCAACAAACGGGCCUCAGCCUCCCCUUGGAAACGUAACUCUCCAGCCUGCCUAGGUGCUGACCUCCCUCUUUCUUGGCAGAGGGAGAGUGGGGAGCUUGUUGUUACCAGGUUCUUUUUGUGCAGACAUAGAAGGAAGUGGUGCUGGCCUGCUGCAGGAGAACUUUUUCUGGAUGACAUGUUUGUGAAGAGAAUGUUUCAGACUUUUGUCCAAAUGGGCUGCCUUUGCUCAGUGACUUUACUAUGCUCCAAGUGUUCGCUUGCUAUUCAUCUUCCUCUUAAAGGUGUUACAAUAAAUUAUCUACCAAAAUGA